AUGGCUGCUGAACAAUUGAGCUUCCAGGGCUGGAUGGGCCUUGACAAGGACUCCGCCCAGGGAAAGAUGGUGUGGCAGUCAUUUGAGCCGAAGAAAUGGGAAGAAACCGAUGUCGAUAUUAAAAUAUCACACUGCGGAAUCUGUGGCUCAGAUCUGCACACACUCAGAAGCGGAUGGCGCCCUACGCGUUAUCCAUGCUGCGUUGGUCAUGAAAUCAUUGGAACCAUCAUCCGUAUUGGCACUCAAACAAGAGGAUUUCAACUCGGGGACAGGGUUGGCGUGGGUGCCCAGUCUGACUCGUGCCAGGGCCGCUUUGGCCCCUGCGAUGAAUGCGCUGCCGGGCGGGAGCAAUACUGCAUCAAGAGAUUCGUCGGCACUUAUGCGGGCAUUCACUUCAACGGUGAUGCAUCGCAAGGAGGCUACGGGCUGUGCAAUCGCUCCCCUGCACACUUUGUUGUCAAGAUACCUCCAGGCUUGCCGUCGGAACAUGCCGCACCAAUGCUAUGUGCAGGGUUGACUACAUAUUCGCCUCUGAAAAGACACGGAGCAGGACCAGGCAAGGCCAUUGGCGUAAUUGGUCUUGGAGGUCUCGGUCACUUUGCUGUCCUGUGGGCCAAGGCCCUCGGCGCGGACCGCGUUGUUGCCUUUUCGAGGACCAAUGACAAGAGACAGGAUGCGUUGCAUCUAGGGGCUGAUGAGCUUGUGGCAACGCAAACGGACGGUUGGGCGUCCCAGCACCAACAAACCUUGGAUCUCAUCAUAUCGACUGUGUCGUCCUCAAAGAUGCCCAUGGGGGAUUAUUUAUCUUUGCUACGAAGGGAUGGAGUCUUUGUGCAGUGUGGAAAUCCUGAAGAUGGCUCGUUCCAAGUGCCCGCGCCCGCGCUGAUUUCAAAGCGAGUCAAGCUAACUGGCUCCCUGAUUGGAUCUCCAGGCGAAAUCCAGGAAAUGCUGGCGCUUGCAGUGGAGAAGAAGGUUGUGCCAAUGGUGGAAGUACGCAGUAUGAAGGAAGCCAACAGCGCCAUCGUAGACAUGGAACUUGGAAAAGCUCGAUACCGAUAUGUGCUCGUCAACGAAUAA